AUGCAGAUGGGGAAUACAACUGGUCUCAUAUCAUCAUGGUUUGUCGAAGACCUGGUCCUUGAUCGACCAGACGCAAAAGCAAACCAUGUGAUUCAAUGCAUUGGCUCUUCAUCGCUUGACAAGGGCAAGAGUUUUGCGGAGAAGAAUUGUCCAAAGGCCAGUCCAACCAUCUACGGCACGUACGAGGAAGUCUACAGCGAUCCAAACGUCGACUGUGUCUAUAUAGGCACCCCGCAUUCGUUCCAUAAGAAGAAUUGUCUGGAUGCCAUUGCCGCGGGCAAGAAUGUCCUCUGCGAGAAAGCAUUCACUAUCAACGUGGCGGAGGCGAGGGAAGUGUUUGCCGCGGCAGAGAAGAAGAACGUCUAUGUCCAUGAGGCAAUGUGGCUGCGGCAUCGUCCUCUGGUCGCCGAGUUGAGAAAACUCCUCUUCGAGGAUAAAGUCAUUGGGGAUGUUUUCCGCAUGUUUUCCGACUUUUCUCUACUCAUCGACAUCAGCAACUUACCGGAUACCUCACGGUACAAAGAUCUCAAUCUCGGCGCAGGAACCCUGCUAGAUCUCGGCAUCUACCCACUGACUUGGUCUUUCCUGGCACUGGAUCCAAACACACCGAGUGAUUCCGAGAGGCCGAAGAUAUUAGCGACGCAAACUCAUCUGCACGGGGUCGAGGUGACUUCAAGCAUCCUGGUGCAGUACCCUUCCACCGGGAGACAAGGGGUGGUCACGUCCACAACUAUGUCCGGGCUCCGCGAUCCCGUGGUUUGCCGGAUCCAGGGAACCGAAGGACACGUCGAUGUUGAGGGCGCAGCACCGGCACUACCUCUUUCGUUUAUCACCCACCGCCGAAAGGCAGGCACGAAAGAUGAUACCAAAGACGACUUUGAGACUAAAAAGUACGAUUAUCCACAGGUCGGCCGCGGGUUCAUCUACGAGGCGGACAACACGGCGCUCGACAUCGCUGCAGGUCGAAAGGAGAGUGCCAUCAUGCCCUGGAAAGAGACCUUGCGAGUCAUGGAGAUCAUGGACGAGAUCAGGAAACAAGGCGGAACAAUAUAUCCGCAAGACUGA